GAAAUAUCUGUCUCAUCUAGCUGUGAUUCAACUUUGGAAAAGUAAACAGCGACAUGGAAUCGGAGAAAGAAGUGCAAUCAAUAGGAGAUGUCCCUGACCCAGAGGAGGAAGAGAAGAGGCUGGCGGCAGCAGCCCGGGAAGCCAACCAUCUAACUGAGUUGAGGCUGGUGCUGUUGGGCUGGAGGUGGCCUGGGAAGAGCCUGACAGGCAACACCAUACUGGGCCACGAGGAGUUCCGCCUGGAGCGGGCGGCUGAAUUCUGCGUCAAGCGUCAGACUGAGGUGGAGGGGCGCCAGGUGACGGUAAUAGACACGCCGGGCUGGUUCUCAACACAGUCCACGCCACCAGUCUACCAGCAGGAGAUGGUGCGGGGCGCCUCCAUGUGCGGGCCCCUGGGCCCCCACGCUUUCUUGCUGGUCAUCCCUGUGGGCAUGUUUACCGAGGUGGACCGGGCCCGCAUCGAGGAGCACUUGGCUCUGUUCGGGGAGCGUGUGUGGAGGCAUACCAUCGUGGUGUUCACCUGGGCAGAUGUGCUGAGGAACAUGUCCAUCGAGAGGCACAUCAAGCGAGAGGGGAAGGAUCUGCAGUGGGUGCUGGAAAAGUGCAAGAUGCGGUACUUUGUCAUCAGCAACUACAUAUUUGGGGAGCACCCCCAGCUGCGGCAACUUAUGGAGAAGAUAGAGAAGGUGGUGGCGGAGGAGGGCAUCUAUAACCCAGAGGAUGUGGAGGAGAAGAAACCUCUGGGCCAGAAUCAGAACCAAACCCAGAACCGGGAGCUUGGAGCAAGGCCCAAAGUGAAUUCUGCCGUAGGAUUGGCCAAAAUGGACAUGGACCCGCCCCACAAGAAGAAUCCAUGAUGAUUGUCCAGGACAAGGCAAUAUUCCUCUAUAAUUCAGUGGAUGGACUGACUGACUGACUGACUGAAGGAGAGCUGGUGAGCCACCGCAGUACUGAUUUCAGAGCUCUAUGUCCAUACGUUACCCCAACCUCAGGGCCUGUAUUCGUAAAGCGUCUUCGAGUAGGAAUGUUGAUCUACGAUCAGUUCCCCUUUUAGAUCAUAAUGAAUGAGACGGGGGGGGCAUGAUCCUAGAUCAGUACUCCUACUCUGAGAUGCUUUAUGAAUACAGACCCAGGUUCUUUUAAACCUUUAAGACUUAAUCUCUACCAUUUUAUAUAAAUAAUAGUUAUCUGUAACUGGAUGUGGGCUAACAUGAUCAGGGGUCACGUUAAUGCGGAAUUCUGCGUUUUAUCACACCACAGGGGGGGAAAAAAUAUAAAACCCAUAAAUAUCUUGCUGCAUUUUGUAAACACAGAUCUAAAAUGCUUCUUGUAAUUGCUGCUCGGCAUCAGGCUUUUUUUUUUUUUUUUUGCUUCAGUUGCAAUUCUACACUCCAAUGAGAAUUCACGAAUGGGCAUUCUAUCAGAAGACAGCACUCUGACUGAUAUGUAGCUACUUUUCUUCAGUACAUUUUAUCGGUGUAGCCUGCUUUUCUCUGGUCAAAUGUACCAUUAACUUCAAGCAAAACCUAAGUAAACGAUGUGGCUGCCGGCCAAAUAGCAUUUUACUUCUGUUGUCAUCUGAUGAUAAUGAAGCUAUUUUCUGCUGAAUGUGUUGCACUAAUAUAUUUUAUGUGAAGGAAAACUACAGUUGCAUGUCCCUGAUCACUCUUAAAGCAACAAAAGAAAACUUUUAAUAUAAAAUAGUUAGAAACCUUGAUUUUGUGAUUGUCUGCGUUUUGAAAAUGUAGAUUUCUGAACUCUAGCGAGAUCCCUGAUGAUGCUGUUCUUGCUUUUUGAGACUGUUAGGUCUACCUCGUACCUAUGACAGUUCUGAUGCAAUGUAUAUAUUUGGGGAUUUUAUUGUAUCUGAUUUGCACAUGAAGUAAGAAGCAAAUCACAUUACGGUACCAGUCAAAAGUUUGGAGUCAACUCAUUCUAGGAUUUUCCUUUAUUUUUUACUGUUUUCUACAUUGUAGAAUAAUAGUGAAGACGUCAAAACUAAACUAUGAAAUAACACAUGGAAUAAUGUAGUCACCAAAAAAGUGUUAAAACAAAUGAAAAUAUAUUUGAGAUUCUUCAUAGUAGCCACCUUGACAGCUUUGCACACUCUUGGCAUUCUCUCAACCAGCUGCAUGAGUUAGUCACCUGGAAUGCAUUUCAAUUAACAGGUGUUCCUUGUUUAAAGUUAAUUUGUGGAAUUUCUUUCCUCCUUAAUGCGUUUGAGCCAAUCAGUUGUGUUGUGACCAAGGUAGAGGUGGUAUACAAGAACAGCUCAAAUAAGCAAAGAGAAACAACAGUCCAUCAUUACUUUAAUACAUGAAGGUCAGUCAUUCUGGAAAAUGUCAAAAACAAAAGUUUCUUCAAGUGCAGUCGCAAAAACUAUCAAGUGCUAUGAUGAAACUGGCUCUCAUGAAGACCGCCACAGGAAAGGAAGUACCAGAGUUACCUCUGCUGCAGAGGAUGAGUUCAUUAGGAUACGAUAAGGUUCCCGCAGUGAAGCAUGGAGAUGUGAUGGUGUGGGGGUGCUUGCUGGUGACACUGCCAGUGAUUUAUUUAGAAUUCUUGACACACUUAACCAGCAUAGAUACCAUGCUGCGAUACGCCAUCCCAUCUGGUUCGUGUUUAGUGGGACUAUCAUUUGUUUUUCAACAGGACAAUGACCCAAAACACAUCUCCAGACUGUGUAAGGGCUAUUUGAACAAGAAGGAUUUGAUACAUUGAAAGAAUGCAAGUGUGCAAAGCUGUCAUAAAGGUGGCUACUUUGAAGAAUCUAAAAUAUAAAGUAUAUUUUGAUUUGUUUAACACUUUUUUUUUUUGGUUUCUAUAUAUGAUUCCAUAUCUGUUAUUUCAUAGUUUUGAUGUCUUCACUAUUAUUCUACGAUGUAGAACAUAGUAAAAAUAAAGAAAAACCCUGGAAUGAGUAGGUGUGUCCAAACUUUUGACUGGUACUGUACAUUUAUACAAGAUUGAAAAAAGCCUGACUUUAGAGGUCAAAUGUGUACCAAUGUAGGCCCUGUAUAUCUACCGUUUUCUUCAUGAAGUGAGGAUCAUGGGGAAAACUACUGUACAUGACAGGUCUCUAAGGCUGGGACAGAGACAAGGAAGUCCCUUAACCUGGUGUGUACAGCACAUGCUAGAUUGCGCUAUUAUGUUUUUUACAUUUUUAAUAAACGUUAAUGUUAAGGAAAACUUUGUUAAAAGCUACCCCAAUUGUGACCAAAAAGUUGUGUAGUGUUUUAUCAAGCACUUGAAGUGCAGGUACUGUUUUACUCUACUAGUAGAGAAUAUAUACAUAUCUUUGUCUGGGUUUUGUAUAUGGGUGUGAAAUGAUAAAUUAUGCAUUUUCAUUUAUCAGGCUCAUGUAUCUGUAUGUAUCAAACCCUACCUUCUUUGCAAGGGAAUAGCUGCUGAAAAUGUGUUUUUAAAUGCAAGUUGGAUAAUGAUAAAUCAAUGGCACAUUGCAUUUUAAUAUUAUUUUGUGGCAGCUAUAUGCUUCCGGUGUCUUAAUUAUUCAGAUUAGUAAUUUUAUUGAAUAGGUUUCUUGUUUUGAAAAUGGCUUAUUUCUGUGGGUUGGGUUUAUUUUAAUCCUGCCCAUAUGCCUACAGCUGGCAGCACCCCAAAAAUCAUCCAUUUGGAGCACAGCUGAAUGCGACCUCAUCAUAAUGCCAAUCCUCAAUUUGGUUUGACAUUUUAUAUUCCUAAAGGGCUAGUUAGGGAUCAUCAGUAAAUUACACAAUGUACAUGGGACAAUAUUUUUUAAAGUAAAUGGCUUUAAACUUCAAUGACUUAACCUCAAACCAAAUAUAAAUUGUAGAAAUGCAUAUACAACUAUUGAAUGCAUUUCAGACCACUAAAAGAUGUGCAACAUGAAAAUAUUGUCCCAUUUACAUAGUCAUAUAUUGUAUGGUCCCUAACUAUCCCCCAGAGGUAGGCUAUCCAAAGUCAAACCAAUUUUGCCACUGUCACACACCAACCCGGCUGAAGCUACAGUAAUUGGUGAAAUAAUUUGUCUAACUCAUCACACCUGCAAACACACGAGACACCCACAUCAAUCCACCCCCCGAAACCAACUCAGGUUUGAAUUCAGUCAUGGCUGCUAAGCAUUUCUUAAAUGAACCAAAUCUAAAUUGAAGCCAAAUCAAGAAGUGCAGUUGCCCUUUACUACUGUGAAUAAAGGUGGAAAAGAUGUCUAUUAUUAUGUCCUUAUUGUAAUCAUUAUAAUUAUGAUAUCCCUUUACUCUUUAUAAUUGCUUCCUAUACUGAGAAGCAAUACUACUAGUAGUAGUAGUAGCUCCAUUCACUAACAUCCAAUGAUGGGUAUAACACUGACUGUUUUCUAUGUUGAUAUGGUAUACAAACUAUUUUACAAACAUAUUCAUAUUGGUGAUUUGUCUUGCUGUUACAUUGUAUUCUGUGAGUUACACUUUCGUGUAAGGGUUCUGAGUCAAUAAAAUAGAUAUGUGGUAGAAGGUGUCUUCUCUAGUCAGUGCAACUUAAGUUGUCUUUUGUUUCCAUAUAAUUGUUUUGUUUGUUUGUGUUGUCUUUUGCUGUAGUAGACAAGUCAUUUUUUUUUAAAUGUAACUAAAUAAAGUUCAUAUUUUGAUGAAAUGUAAGAUAACUUUUGACCUGCAGUAGUUUGUUAUUG